UGUUUAAGUUACAGCAGAAAGGAAAUGUGUCAUCUGUGGUUAGGUUUUAAAAGUAGAAAGCUAGCUGUACAUACGCUUUUUUUUUUUUUAAAGACUGCAGAUUUAAGUUUCAUAGUCUCCAAACUGUUCUACUUUAAAUAAGAAAAGAAGAAAAGAAGUAGCUUAUUAAAAUAAAGGUUUUGGGCGAUCGUUUUGUAAGAUGGCUGGUAUACUCAUGGACAUGGGGCACACAGGACAGUACCUGCAUCUUGUUUUUCUGAUGACAACAGUUUUUUCCCUGUCUCCUGCAAUAAAAGCAAACUAUAUACAUCUCUGGGUCAAUAAUACUACUGCCUGGGAUUCCAUUAUUCCAAACAGCACCAGCAGAGAUCAAAGUGAAAACAAAACAGUCCCUGUAACUUCUGCAAUGGAUCACAAAGUUAAUUCUACAAGCAUCACUGCAUCAUCUCCUCCCGCAGCUUUAACUCCUACAUCCACACAGAAGCCCUACACACCCUAUGCUGUCAGGAACAGCUCUCCAACAGCAAAGAGCAUUGAAAGUACAAGCAAAAGCCACAGUGAAAUUUUUAAAAAGGAUGUCUGUGAGGAAAACAAAAGCAACAUGGCCAUGCUAAUUUGCUUAAUUAUAAUUGCAGUGCUUUUUCUCAUCUGUACUCUUCUAGUUCUAUCAACUGUGGUUCUGGCAAACAAAGUCUCAUCUCUCAGACAGUCAAAACAAGUAGGCAAGCGCCAGCCUAGAAGCAAUGGCGAUUUUCUGGCAAGCAGCGGGCUCUGGCCUGCUGAAUCAGACACUUGGAAAAGAGCAAAACAGCUCACAGGGUCCCACCUCCUGAUGCAAUCUCCUGAAGUGCUCGCAGCCACAAGGGAAAGGAAGGGUGAAGAAGGAACUGAAAAACUCAACUAACACAUCGGGGAAGGAAAAUGCAAAGCAGCGAUGAGCAAGGCUAGAGUCCCAAAUAAAGCUAGUUGGUAUUUAAAGCCACAGUGCUGGUCAGAUGACCUAAAAUCAGACAAGCAGUUUAGCAUCAAACUGACCAGAAAGAGAGACAUAGCCCUGCUUCAAUUAUUUAAAUGGCAUUACUGUUUCACACCUAAUACUUUUUAAAGUAAAUAAAACAACCAAGCAGCUAAGGAAACUAAUAGAUAUAACAAGAGAUAACUACAUAUUCUUGUUCUGCAAUAGAUGAUUUUUGUCUGAAUGUAACUGAACUCUAUGGAGUUUUAGUAUGUCCUAGGAGCCAAGCAUAUGCCUUAAUAUCUAGCAGAAGUCAAAUUCCUAAUGAUCAGAGCUGCACUGGCUAAUGUAAUGGUGUCUUCUCGCUAGAUAUGGCAGAAUUCAGAGCCGCUCGAAUCUCAGCACAGUAACUUGAAGCUACAUCCCUUCAUCUUUAUAUAUGGCAUAAGAAGAAAGUGCUUUUCUACUAUACAUGUUAAAUUUCAAUUUUGUACAAUAAAUUAAAGUUAGAAUAAAGUU